AAUCAAGAAGCAAAAAUAUCAAAACCUGAGCAACAGAAUUGCGAAGAGAGAAAGAAAGAGAGAGAGCGUAGACUCAGUCAGUUAUCUACUGAUUGAGUCAAUUCGGUAUGGAGGAGAACCGGAAGACUCGGAUAUUGGUGGCGGUCAAACUGACGCAGUCGAGUAGUGGCAAAGGCUAUCCCUACGCCUCGGAAAGCAGCAAAGCAGUGUUCGAAUGGAUACUUACGAACAUCGUUCGCACUAACGUUACUCGUUUCGAACUUCAACUCCUCCAUGUCCAUAGUCCACAUUCUCCUUAUACAAAAGAUUUCGAAGCGGUUAAAAUGAUGGAAUAUUUUGGCAGCAGAUGUCAGAGGAUUUCGGUUGGAUUUAGCUCAGAAAUCAGGCUUGGUGAUGAUCCUAAAAUAGCGAUAUGCAAUGAAGUGAAACGAGUCAAUCCUGAUUUGCUUGUCAUGGGAACUACUCCAACUCCUUUUUCUUUUCAAAGGGUUUUUAGGCGUAACGUGAGUGUGAUUACUGAAUAUUGCUUGAAGCAUGCCGAGUGUCAUGUUACGAUUGUUGAAGCCAGAGCAGAUGACCAGAGUUAGGUUUUAUUCAAACUUUGUACUGUUGGUUGACGUUUUUGCAUUUGUUGAUAAUUCUACAAUGAUGUAAAAGACUCUUACCAUUUGAGAGAAUUUU